UUGAUUUAUGUAAACACCAGGAAGUAGUGUAUGAAAAAAAAAGCACCAGUUAGUUCCCUAAUUUUAGUUGUGCCACAGAGUGGAUUAAGCAGCUUUCUCAAGUGGUUUCUUCUCAAUGUCACAGAAAUUUUGGUGUGUGUUUUUAAAUAAUAGGAAAUCUACAUGAGGACAAUUUCCCCUGAAUCCAUUGAAAAUUAACAUUUGGUACGGCCAUAAAGCCAAUUCUAUCUGAUUCCCAUUUGUACAUCGAGGAAAAAAUAUGGGAUGUAUAAAGUCAAAGAACUUCUCGGAAGAACCAAAAGAACUGAAAGAAAAUCGAGUACGUAAAUCUGAACCAACUAUUUAUGUGAGAGAUCCAACAUCCAAUACACAAGUGCCAAAUUCAAAGAGGGAUACUCAUCUUUUACCUGGGCAGAAGUUUCAGAAAUUUGAAGAGACUGAUGGCAAAGUUGUUAUUGCCUUAUAUCCAUACGAUGGAAACCAUGAUGAUGAUCUUUCUUUCAAAAAAGGUGAAAAGCUAAAAGUGCUUGAAGAGCACGGUGAGUGGUGGAAAGCCAAGUCCUUAUCAACUAGGAAAGAGGGAUAUAUUCCAAGUAAUUACGUAGCAGUGGUCAACACGCUGGAAACUGAGGAGUGGUUCUUUAAGGAUAUCAGCCGCAAAGAUUCAGAAAGACAGUUGUUAGCACCUGGAAAUAAAGCUGGUUCAUUCCUCAUUAGGGAGAGUGAAACAUCAAAAGGUAGCUACUCACUGUCAAUGAGAGAUGCUGACCCUCAAAUGGGUGAUGUGGUUAAACACUACAAGAUUCGAUGUUUGGAUAAUGGAGGAUUUUACAUUUCUCCUCGAAUUAUGUUUACUGACCUGAAUGAGCUAAUUAAACAUUAUCAAAAACAGUCUGAUGGCCUGUGCCGGAAGCUUGGAUCACCCUGUCUUAGUCCUAAGCCACAAAAACCAUGGGAUAAAGAUGCUUGGGAAAUUCCACGAGAAUCUGUGAAGUUAGUUAAGAAACUUGGAGCUGGACAGUUUGGAGAAGUAUGGAUGGGUUACUAUAACAAUACUACAAAAGUAGCUGUCAAAACUUUGAAACCAGGCAGCAUGUCUGUGGAAGCUUUCCUCGAAGAGGCUAAUCUGAUGAAGAAGCUCUUACAUGAUCGACUGGUGCGGCUCUAUGCAGUGGUGACCAAGGGAGAUCCAAUCUACAUUAUUGCUGAAUUUAUGGGCAAAGGUAGUUUACUAGAUUUCCUGAAGACUGAUGAAGGAAGAAGACUUACCUUACCAAAAAUGAUAGAUUUCUCAGCACAGAUUGCAGAGGGAAUGGCAUACAUUGAAAGAAAGAAUUACAUCCAUCGAGAUCUUAGAGCAGCUAAUGUUCUAGUAUCUGACAGCCUGAUGUGCAAAAUUGCCGAUUUUGGCCUUGCACGAAUAAUUGAAGAUAAUGAAUACACAGCCAAAGAAGGAGCUAAAUUUCCAAUUAAGUGGACUGCACCUGAAGCUAUAAGCUAUGGAUCUUUUACAAUUAAGUCAGAUGUAUGGUCAUUUGGAAUACUCCUGUAUGAAAUAGUCACCUACGGCAAAAUUCCAUAUCCAGGCAUGUCCAACACAGAAGUUGUAAACGCUAUUGGGCGUGGUUAUCGUAUGCCACGACCUGAAGAAUGUCCACAGGAGCUUUAUGAUGUCAUGAAGGAUUGUUGGAAAAACAGCGCUGAAGACCGUCCGACAUUUGAAUACCUGAAAGGACUGCUCGAAGACUUUUACACAGCCACAGAGGGGCAAUACCAGCAGCAACCAUAGAAGAAAUUAAAAUGGAAAAAUCAAAUUAGCAGAUUAAACCUGUAUAUCACAAUUCUACAUGAAGAAGCCACCUAUGAUGAUUUUGAGGAUCACCGGCAUUAUUUUGGAGAAAUGCAGAGAAGUUGACCUAUGACCCUCAUCUCUAAAUCCAAUGGUCUGAUUAUUAACAAAUCGCUUUUAUGGGCAUUUGCUGUGCACGUUCACUCCUGCACAGUUCACUCCUGCAAUUGCUGCAACAGUGACUACAUUUGAAAAGCAAUUCAUUGUCUGUGAAACAUUUAUGAAAAUCCUGAAGUUCAAAACAGCACUAUGUAUAUAGCCUUUCUUUCUUCCUUGAGCAAACAGAAUGUUAGGCAACAUCAACAAAAUAAGACCACACCCACUCGCACUAUCUCUUCUAUGCAAAACUUAAUCUAGGCUGGUAUGAAGGCUGACUGCUCUGAAGAGCAAUGGAUGGAAGCAGAAGUUGUAUCAACAUGUUCUGAAAUUCAUUUAUGAAAACAGUGCCAGUUGCAAAUAAAUUUCUAAUGCAAGAUGGCUAGCCGGGUGGGGGUAUAGUGAACUCCAGGUGAUUGAUAUUUAAUCUUUGAUCCUAAUCACUACACAGCUCUCCCAUGAUACCCACAUGGUACUUCACAGAAACAGAGAAGUCCUGCAGAUAUGUCUCAAAUUUGGACCUAGCUGGAUGAGUGAUACACAGUAGCCAAAGGUGGCUCGUGGGUACUUUAACUGUCAGUGGAAGUUUGCCAGUACUUCAUUCAUAAUAGUUGUUAUACCUUAUCCCAGGGUGUCCCAACCUGGGAUUCAUGGACCCCUUGCUUAAUCAUAUUGGUCCAUGGCAUAAAAAAGGUUGGGAACCCUGCCUUAUGCCAACAACUAAAAAUGGGGCACUCAUGGCUCAUAAAUGUGUAAAGUCAGCAGGCCUUUCCAAUUUAGGAAAUAAAUAUUGUAAUAAAAACUGAUAUGAUAGAGGAAAGUUUUACUAGUAAUCAUUGCCAUAUCUAGAAAUAAUCAAUUAAAAGCAACGACAAUCGUCAGUUUGACGAUUCCAGAAGAUUCAGGUAUAUUUCAGAACUUAUUUUCUGUAAUUCUAUUCAUUUAUAAUUUGGCUAUCCAAAUGAAUCAAAAGCUGUUCUGUUUACACAGACUUUGUAAUAUUCAACAAAGCAUUCUAUUUAACCUGCAAUUACUGACUAACUAAGAAUACAGAAAGUGUGAGGCAAAUAUGAGGAUUGUUUUUAUGGUAUUAGUAUGCUGAGUCGUGUAUUUAAAAGAAAAAGACAGAUCUUGUUUUUAAAAAAAAGUAAAGAGGUAGCACCUCCAUUCCUGAUUUUAUUGGAGUGAAAAUGUUGAUUUCUCCACAUGGCACCUAUUAAAAAGGUAUCAUUUAAGAAAUGUUACUGCAUAUAGAUUUUAUAAUUGUGUGAUGAGCAAAGUCCUCAAAUAGUACAACAAUAAAUCCAAACUCUGAUAGAAAAAAAAAUAAAUCACAUUGACUAUAGUACAGAGGGUGAAUUGCCUAUGCAUUACAUUUAUAAAAGAUUUUGUAUUAUUCACUAAUUCCAUCUGUCUCCGCUACUAACCAUUCUCCUCAAGAUUAGGAUAUAUAAACUUUCAAAAGAUAACAUCCUGGAAUUUAAAGUCCAGCUCUACAUUUCAGAAAUGAAUUGGGUCAGAUUCUUUACAAUGUAAAAUGUUCGUGUCAGGUUAGGUGAAAAAAAAAAAUCACUCCAAAAAGCCUGUUCAAUAUUUCCAUUAUAUAAAUGUCUAUGGAAUUGAGAUGAAUUGUGAAACAAAUGUGCAUUUUUCAAUCCAGUGAACUUCCAGAGAAAAAAAAAAUGUGUAAGGUGUCUCUGGAUUUAUAUGAAGAGAAAACGUAGCCUUUUCCGUUCCAGACGAACUGAAAUACCAUUUUCAUGUAUCGGGUAUAGCAAAAGACUUUUAAUGAAACUGUUAAUUCUUAUAUUGUAAAUGUGCAAUAGUUUGUAAUGCUUUCUUUAUUUUCCUGUUGUGCAAAAACCAAUAAAUUAUAAAUUUGUAACAUGGACAAUGGAUAUAAUAAAGGCAUCUGCCCAAGUAUUUUUAGUAUACUUCCUGGCAAAAUACAACUUGUAUUUUCAAAAAAAUUUAUAUAUUUAAAAAGUCUUAUAAAUAAAUUAGGACGUUUCCACUUGUCCAAAGAGGAUAAAUAACAGUGAUU